GAUUUUUCUCCGCUUAAAAAAAAAGAUUCCCACCGGUAAUUAACCGUUAGUUGUUUGGAAUUUCUUUCAAUUAUUCCGCGAAUCUGUUCCCGUCAUGUCCACCCCGAGUUUCACUGAUCUAGGCCAAAGUAUCCGCAACAUUUUGACCUCAGGUUACGAUUACGGUCGCCGAGUAAUCAAGAUAACGCUGAAAACGAGAUCCAGCCGGGACUUUGAAAUUGAUAGCAACUACAAGCUCAACUGCGAAAAUCCCGAGGCGAGUGGAGAUGCUGCGGUGAAACUUCGACUUCAGGAUUAUGGAGUUCUCUCCGAGAAAUGGUACAGCGACGGUACAAUAAAUUUGGAGUACAGAAUCGAUGACAAGAUAUUCCAGGGGUUAAGAUUAAUCGGGAGUUACUCCUACAAUCCAUCCACAAAUUAUUCUGGCCUGCAAGUAACCGGAAAGUUCAAGAAUGACUUUUUCAAUGGCAGCUGCUCGAUCUCACAUGCCCUAGACAGACACUUGAAAUUCCUAGCUGGAGUUGUAAUCGGCUUGAAGAGUCUAUUCAUUGGCUAUCAAUUUGAAUAUGAAUCGAUCUCCAACUCCUUCACCGCAAGUAAUAUCGGAUUGACAUACAAAUUCACCGAUUUAAAUGUUUAUUUAAAGUGCUCCCCUGGAAUUACCGAUCAUUACGACUUAUCGGCUGUGUACAGAGACUGCCAUCGCUGGAACACUGAGGGGAUUCGAUAAUCCUGGAAAUUGGACGAGUAAUUGUGGUGUACAAUACAAACUUGAUCAGACAUCCACUCUGCGAAUGAAAAUCGACAGGGAAUUCAUGUUGGAUACUAGUAUUCAACAAUUAAUGUACAAUGGGAUUAGGGUGACACUGGCUUUUGGCAUUG